CAUCACAUCGUCAUGUCGACCACGGGUCCUAUAAGCAAUUAUUAUGUGGAUUCGUUGAUAAACCACGAGAGCGAAGAAGUAUUAGCGUCGCGUUUCUCCGCGCCGGAGCUGCUCCCUGCCGGUUCACGACCAUCUCCGCUUGUCCCGGAGUGCUCGGAUUUUCCUUCUUGCAGCUUUGCGCCCAAACCUCCAGUCUUUACCUCGUCUUGGGGGCCAGUGAACUCACAGUCAUCCGUGGUGUACCAUCCCUACACCCACCAGCCACACAUAGGCACAGACUCGAGGUAUGUGCGGUCGUGGUUUGAGCCUAUCUCUGGAACAGUCUCUUUCCCAGGCUACCCGGCUAACAGCAGACACUACGGGCUGAAGUCCGACGGUAUCCCCGAACGCAGACCCGGGGAAUGCAUCGCCGCCAACGGACGCGGCUAUCCGGAUUACUAUUAUGGUUCUUCACCUGAUCUCCGGGAUAAGGCACAGCAGAUCAUCCCUUCGCCCGAAGCGGAGACAUUGGUUUCCGGCAAGCUCAAGGAAGACAAGCCGGAGUUCGAUCCAAGUAAUCCAGUAGCGAAUUGGAUCCAUGCGCGCUCCACCAGGAAGAAGCGGUGUCCUUAUACCAAAUAUCAAACACUUGAACUCGAGAAAGAGUUUUUGUUCAAUAUGUACCUGACAAGGGACCGUCGAUACGAGGUCGCUCGGGUCCUGAAUCUCACCGAGCGACAGGUCAAAAUUUGGUUCCAGAAUCGACGGAUGAAGAUGAAGAAAAUGAAUAAGGAGAAGACUGAGAGUAACGAGCAGUAGCGCAAAAUGACACAGAAGAUCACAUUAGCCUGCGUCAACAUUGAAAUAAUAAUUAAAAUGGACAAAUAAUGACUGAAACAUUGGACUUCAUUUUCAAAAACAAUUCAGUCACUCUUCUCAUGAUUUCUACAUUUGUUGCACUUCAAGCUAUCUCACUUCUCAAGAUCUGUGGAUGACUUCUGAGCGGCUUACUUUGGCUGUUUUUGUUUGUUUUGUUAUAUGUGACAUACAGCUUGUUUGGUCACAUACUUUUUUAUUUUUGUAUACCAUGCGUCCAUGAAACGCGACUUAAGACAUUGUACAUUAAAAACAAAAACAUGGGAGGGAGUUAAGACGAGGAAUUAUACUCAGUAGUGUUUGUGUGUUCACGUGUAAUUUAAUACCUGUGUAUUUUUCUAGGUGUUGCAUCGUAUGUGUACACUAUGAGUAGAAAGUUUUGUACAAGAAAAGACUACCACAAUUACAAGGGGAUUGUUUGUGUUCUCGUCACUGUGGAUAUGUUGCAACUGCCGUAUGCGUUAUUUCCUCUGGAUUCUGAAAGUUUAUGUUAUAUUGUAGAUUGUGAUUAUACUAAAAUAUAUCUGACAUCUCAGUCGACUGUGUUUCGGGAUUAAUCGUAAUGGACUGCUUGCAUUCAUAGUUCUGUCCCUCGCCAUAUAACAACCCGAGAGAAGGACAUUCCUUAUGGGCCUAAUGGCGCGCGCUAGCAGUGCGUGAGCGAGCACUUGUCAUGGAGGAAAAGCUAAACAAAUUCUCUCACGACAAUACUCGCCAGAACCAGCAUGCUAAUCUUUAUUGAAAGCAGCUGUAGGUAUAGGUCGUUGUUCUCCUCUAAUUCACUUCCUCGGUAAUGAACGUUUCCUGGCCACUUCCAUACACGGUAGCAAAACAUGCAAGUGAUCUGAAUUAGACUGCAAAAGGGUGACAUUUUGAGGCCCACUGCAAAGGCGCCACUACUGCACUAGGCUAGCCUACUACAUGAUGCAGGAGCCAUACUUGUGUGAGAAUGUAGGCCCACGAAAUGUCUGUCGUGAGUGCUAUUUCAAUAACACUAUUUUUUUCUAAAAUAUUAAAUGGACACGAUAUUAUCCGAUUGUUUACAAUAAUAUGUGUUAUCGAGAGAAUUCAUAGAAAACGUUUAGCGGCUAAAUGUGCAGAAUAUGACAAAAAAAACACCAUAUCUGA